GAAUCAUAUAUUCGCCAAAUAAACAAAACAUCACGUGUUAGGUGAAUUUGAAGUCAUUUUCAAAUUUUAUACAAAUUAAUUAAUUACGUAAUUUAUUUAAUUAAUAAAAUGUCAAAAAUACCAAAAGUUCUGAAACUUAAUAACGGAUUUUCUAUACCUACUAUAGGACUGGGAACUUAUAAGUCCUCUCCAAAUGAAGUUAAAGAUGCCGUUGAAUAUGCAAUUAGUAUAGGAUAUAGACAUAUAGAUACUGCUAAACUGUACGGAAACGAAAAAGAAAUAGGAGAUGCUCUAGUGAAUAUACUAAAAAGUGGUAAAGUAAAACGAGACGAUUUGUUUAUUACCACUAAAUUGUGGAAUAAUUUUCAUCAAAAAAAUCUUGUGGUACCUCAAAUUAAAGAGUCGCUAAAGUUAUUAAAAUUAGAUUAUGUCGAUUUGUAUCUUAUACAUUGGCCCUUUGCAUUUAAAGAAGAUGCUGAGCUGCUACCAACUGAUAGUUCAGCUUAUAGUGAUGUUGAUUAUUUAGAAACUUGGGAGGGAAUGGAAGAAUGUGUCACUCAAGGUUUAGCAAAAAGUAUUGGACUUUCAAACUUUAACAAACAACAAAUUGACAGAGUUUUGCAGAAUUGUAAAAUAAAACCUGUUGUAAACCAAAUUGAAGUUAAUCCUAAUUUAAGUCAACCUGAACUUAUUAAAUUUUGUCAAGAUAAAUGUAUAGUAGUGACAGGGUUUUGUCCAUUGGAAAGAUUUGGGAAUAGCCGGGAUCCUAAUUAUCCUGGACCUACUGCUCAAGAUCCUAAGGUUAUUGAAAUUGCCAAAAAGUAUAAUAAAACCGCACCGCAAAUCAUAUUAAGAUAUUUGCUUGAAUUAGGAAUUAGUGUUAUACCAAAGUCUGUGAAUCCCACAAGAAUAAAAGAAAAUUUCGAGAUUACUGAUUUCGAUCUUGAUUGUGAGGAAAUAGAGUAUUUAAAGUCUCGUAAUAAGGGUGCUAGAGUUUCUGCCAUGCUGCAGUAUAAAGACCACAAAUAUUAUCCUUUUUAAUAAUCUUCUGAUUUAUUUUGUGUGAUAAAUUAUUUUAGAUUGGAAACAGGUUGUUUUUUUGUAUUAAUAUCUUGACAGGAUAUUUCAAACUUCUUUGGCUUUGACACAUUUUUGAUCAUAAUAUAUCUAAACAUCAAUGUUUUUUCGGUAUCUCACCUCUUUCUGUUUAUGAAUCUUCUUGAUUUUAGUUUUUUUUUUAAUUACAAGAGUUUUUUUAAUAGAAAUUACUCCCUGAUUUUUCCAUAUAAAUUCAUUUUUCAUUAAAAUAUAAUGAAUGAAAUUGAAAACUUGCAUCAUCAUUCAGCAAAGCAUUUUAAUUUUGAUGAAGAUCAUAUUCAAGUUGAAGCGUCGAGAUUUUUGUUAAAAUACCAGUUUCAAUUAAAUUGAAACCUAAAAUCAAAACGUUUUAUCAACAAAAUAGUUAAUAAAGAAAGUUAAUAGAUUUUCUUUCGUUAUGAAUUUGUUAUCAACUAUUAGAAGAAAUGUCUUAAUUACAAAUUUAUAAUUUUUCGGUGGGAGAUAAUUUUGUAAACUAUAGCUACUGUAACUUUUUGAAAAUCAGUAACCUGAAAAAUGUUAGUGUAACAAUUAUGUGAAAAAUUAAAAGAUAUACAAUUUUUA